CAUGGUUGUUGUUUGUUGAGCUUGCGGAUUUUGGCCGAAAAUCGUCGCCAAAACGGCCGAGGCGAGGAUAGCCGCGAGAGACGACACCGCCGGUUGAGUCAGCUUGAUCACGAUUCGACGCGCAACCGACGAAAGAAGUGGAAUUUGGCGAUUCCGUAGACUGCCGCUGGAUGUCGCUAACAAGUGCCCCCGACGGGUUCGGCUGUUCCGCGAGCCUCUCCUUUUCAGCGUGCUUUUGAAAACGAAAGGCGAGUCUCGAACCGCGCCGAACUGAGCGAGAAAUCGUCUUUCCGAGUCGGUCGAGCAAGAUGGUGUGAAGAAAACACAACACUAGAAGCAUCGGACGCCUCGCAAACCUCCGCAGAUCGUCCUGCUGCUCCUGCACCGUCUGUGCUCUCGGACACGGUCGUCCUUUGAAAAAGAACUCUUCUGACCCUGGCAAGACUCCACUCGCGACCCAAAGCGAAACGGCGCGAGAGAAAUUCUCGCUUUCACGGCAUUUGAGCCCCGAGGACACCUCGCUCGGACAGUCCGGGACACUCAGGCUGAACGGGACGUUCAUUCUCAACAGGCUUAGCACCGAGGCUGGUGCGUUCGGAGGCUCAGACAGCAAAGCUGGACGCAGAGACGGCGCAAAGUCACAGCUGGACGUUGCAGCCUGGGACGACCCACAGACCACAAAUAUGAGGUCGCUUGUAAGCCGAUGUAAGCGAUGAGGUAGAUGCGGCUCGAAGCCGCGAUGCAAAUAAUCAACAUGGAGCAAUAUUCGAUAUGGACCAGCGUGUGGCCUGCGAAGGGCACUUGGUGGCUCAGGGCACUGUCACUUCUCCUGCUGCAAUCAAUCAUCGGUCCAGCAGUUGGCUUUGGAUAUGCAAGGGCUGGUUGUAAGCUGGAGGAAUGCCAGCACGCACACGACGGCUUCAUGUCGCUGGAAAACCAAAAAUGGGAGUUCUGCCAGGAGAUCAACCAAUACCUGUCAUGUCUGCACCGGGCGCGGCGUGGAUGCAAGGGCAACAUCAACUUCCACGUCAUCCACAAGGGAUUGAACACGUUGUUCGAAAACCGAGAGUGUCAGAGCAUCCUUCAGGGACCUCCGCCGCCCAGCAGCCCCAGGCCCAUCGAGUUUCCUGGCAGGCCGGAGGACGAUUUCGCCCCCUCGAGUGAGGCGCCUCCGCAGGAACCUCUCGACUGCAGCUACAAGGGAUCGCAGCCGGAGAUGAGGCACUGCGGCCUCUUUGGUGACCCCCACCUCAAAACCUUCGAGGGCCACUUCCAGACGUGCAGGGUGCAGGGCGCCUGGCCACUAAUCGACUCGCGCUACCUUGCUGUGCAGGUCACCAAUGAGCCUGUCAGACCAGGAUCCUAUGCCACUGUAACAACAAAGAUAACUGUGAUCAUCAAAGGAGGCAUGUCUGCCUGCACCCGUGAAAAAGUGUACGAAGCCCAGGCUGAGUACCUGCCGGAAACUUUUGUGGAUGGCUCGACCAGCUCUGGCGACUCCACCCAGCACAGUGUGCAGCUCCGAGUAAUCAAGCACAAUGAAAAGAUGGAGAUCAAGGUGAAGCACCUGGCCGCACACAUCUAUGUGCACCGGCUGGCCGGUGCUCUGUCCUUCUCGGCGCAGUUGCCCCUUGACCUGGCGCUGCCCGAAGAGGGCACUUCCGAGGGAUCAAUGCAGUUGUGCGCCCUCGGGUGUCCCAUUCGGGAGCAGCUCCGUUCCAGUGCUGAUGUGACUCAGCCAGUGGCCCUGACCAGGGAGGCGGCUUUGCAGUUCUGCGGCGGCCAGAACCUCAGUUCAACCUACCUCGAGUGGUGCGUGUUCGACGUGAUGACCACAGGGGACAAGUACUUUGUGAAUGCGGCCGUGUCCGCUCAACAGGAUGUCAUCCUGCUCGAUCCGAUGGCCGAGGCCGUGCUCAAAGAAAGCGCAAAGUGGACGUACUCGAGUGCGCCUGUGCGAUUCGUUCCGUGGCAGUUGGUGGCCGCCUCUGUGAUCUUGGCGGCCGCUGCUGGCCGGAGGUAGCUGUGCCAUAUUGUUUAGUAGCAAGAAAAGGACCUUGCUUCAGCUGUGUGUACCUGUUUCGUUGAAAUAAUGCAAUUUACAAACCGCUCUUGUGAGUGAGCACCGCAAAAACUAUUUGCAAUAAAAGGGUUGAUUUUCUGGCCUCAAAUCAUAAAUUAAGAGGAGUUUAAAUCAAGAAUCGUUGUUUCUGUUGAAAAUUUCAGUUUCAAUUUCAAAUUAAUUUGCAGCUUUUGAUAAAAACAAAAUAAUUAAAUUUUUAUUCAACUUUCCCACUAAAAUUAUGCUAUUUGUUUGGCCAAGUUUACCCUCUUAUUAGAUUGGCUUCCACACUUUGUACAUUAAUAAUUUUUGUUGGUGUUGUUCAACUCACAUUAUUUCUGUGUAAAUAUGUAAAUUUUGUACAAGAGAGCCCAGAGAAGGUCACAAUUUAAUUGUACAUAAAAAGAAAUUUCAAGAGAUUGCUAUACAAAUUAAAAGCAAUUUUAAGUUAAGACUGAUUUGCUGAUUAACUUAUGUGUAACAUUUUAACCCGUGAUGAUUUUGAUCAGUAUUCACUUCCCCCACAAGACGGAUAUUUUUAUUUCUUGGAGAACUACAUGCAACAACGAUGCAGCUUGCCCAACUUCAAUAUCAGUAUUAUGUUGAUGUUACUCAUGACCACACCGCUACGCACAAGCGAGCCCUCAAUUGAUUUGUACAAAAAUGUGUAGAGUAAAUAAUAAAAAAUCCAAGCGAAUAAAUAAUA